CAAAGCGACAAACUCUUCGUGCGCUCCGCAUAGCCACUAACCCCAAGACGCUAUUCGUCAGUGAACGUUGCUCGCGUCCGAGUGUCUGAGGAACUGUGUAAAUUUUGUGGUUUAUUUGUUGGUGGUUACCGGCUACGUUUCAAUUCAUCUUUGGUGACGGCGUUUGAUUUUAUUGUUAUUUUCCUUUUAUUUUCGUUGUUUUCAUUUGAUAAAUGUUGUGACGUUUCACCGGGACAAGAUCAGGUGCCGACGGGUACCCAGCCAUGGUGACUUUAAUGCCUUGCAACUAUCUGAACGCGCAAACUGCCAGGUGUACUAUGAUUGAUAAAAUGUGUGAGCAAAAGGUCAAAAGAGCCAGAACGGACACAUCAGAUUCAGCAGAUAGAGACAGGUUGAGUGGAGACCCGGCGUGCAGCCCCCAAAGCGGACACUCGUCGUCCACAUGCGGCUCACCCCCAGCCACCGGCGCCACUGCAUCCAGCCACACGUCGGAUCCUCUGUCAACUUCCGCAUCCACAUGCAUUUCCGCGUCGAAUUUCACCCCUUCCUGGUCUCUAUUGGAUACCCAAGGUGUUAAAAGCGAAUUGAGAAGUCCUGGUCUGGCUGAAUCCGAAGUAGCUGCUCUGUCCCAAGAUCCUAGUACUUUUUACGGCGCAGCAGUAGAUUUGGGCAACGUCUACGACAAGGAAUAUCCCCAAUCAUACCCCUCAGCACAUCAGUAUUACAACAGCAUGCAACAGGCGUACGGAAGUUCGAAUCAUGCGGCUGCGUCCUACAUGAAUUCAGCCUCUUCAUUUUACAAUCCCUCCUCGUACCCGUACUCCCCCUUGACCACAUCCAGGGGAUUAAAUCCCGCCUGCAAGGCCAGUUCUGGCUACAUCGCAUCACCAUACACGUCACCAACAUCACCGUUCCAAUCCACGAGCCAGUCCAGCCAAUAUGUACCGUACGGAUCGUACAAUACUCCGGGCUCCUCUAGUUUUGCACAAGGGUUUUCCGCACAGGGUGUUGAUUAUGGAGCGUAUGGCACAGGUUACACGGACACACAAGCUUCCCAAUACACAUCUAGUUACUACGCAACUCAAAGUUAUUCACCAUAUGUAAGCUCACCUAGUUCCAGUGGCAGUUUGGGAAAUUCUACGUAUCAAUUAGCAGCCACUACUUUACCAGAAAGCCCAUCAAAUGGAAUCAGUUUGGGCGACGGAUCGACGUCUCCUUUAAAAGCGGAUAGUGCAAGACGUUCCAGAGACUCCGCCGGCAGUAUAGGACCCGAAAUUAGGGGCACAAGGGGCAGAGGCCGGAGAACAAACACAGUCUCACCAACUACGCCUGAGUCCACAACUGACCGAGUAUUCAUAUGGGAUUUGGAUGAAACAAUAAUAAUCUUCCACAGUUUGUUGACAGGAGGAUAUGCUACAAAAUAUCAAAAAGAUGCUCAAAAUGUUGUGCAACUUGGUUUCAAAAUGGAGGAAAUGGUUUUCAAUUUGGCUGACACUCAUUUCUUUUUCAAUGACAUAGAGGAAUGUGAUCAAAUACACAUUGAUGAUGUAUCAUCAGAUGAUAAUGGUCAAGACUUGACUAAUUAUAAUUUCAGUACAGAUGGCUUCCAUGCUGCAGGUUCUGGCAGUGGCAAUUUGUGUUUAGCUUCUGGUGUCAGAGGAGGAGUAGACUGGAUGAGAAAAUUGGCGUUUAGAUAUAGGAAAAUUAAAGAAACUUACAACAAUUAUAGAAAUAGUGUUGGUGGCUUACUAGGAGCAACAAAACGAGAACAAUGGCUGCAGCUUCGUUCAGAAAUUGAAACUGUUACUGACAAUUGGCUCACUCUAGCAAAUAAAUGUUUAACUUUAAUAAACUCCAGAAGUAACUGUGUUAAUGUAUUAGUUACAACAACACAGCUAAUACCUGCUCUUGCAAAAGUCUUACUCUUUGGGCUGGGAGGAGUUUUUCCAAUAGAUAAUAUUUAUUCAGCCACAAAAAUUGGAAAAGAAAGCUGCUUUGAAAGAAUUGUGACAAGAUUCGGUAGAAAAUGUACAUAUGUUGUGAUAGGAGAUGGUCCAGAUGAAGAAGCUGCUGCUAAAUCCUUAAAUUUUCCAUUUUGGCGAAUAACCAGUCACAGCGAAAUUGCUGCACUGUACAAUGCAUUAGAUAUGGACUUCUUAUGAUUCAAUAUUUUAAAGAGUUUUAUAUGUAGACUUGUAAGUUUGAUGUAUAAAAUGUAAAUAAAAAAUAUAUAUCUAAUUACGAUAAUAAACGCUGUAAUAAAUGUAUUAUUAAUUGACAAAUUUUUGAAAUUGUGAUUUGAAGGCGAUACUUUUAUUUAGUGUAUUAAAAGAACAAAUUAAUUUACAAUCAAAUGACAAUACUGUUAGUGCAUACUUUCUCUAUGCUUUAAAAUGUUCAGUAUUCAUUCAUUGUAUUUCUCACAUGUGCCAAUUUCCACAGAUGUUAUUGCAUAAAAUGACAAUUUAAUCCAAAUGCAUUUAUGAAGUGGCAAUUUACCAAAAUGCUAAGUUUUUAUUGUUUUGUAUUAUAAAAACUAGAUUGUUUUAAAAUAAAUGUUAUUAAACCUGAAAUAAAAAUGUAUAUAUUAAAUAUUA